AUGCGAUUUGCAUAUUUUCUUUUCAUUUCAGAGUAUUAUUUCCCCAGCAAAAUAGCAAAGGGCAACGGCCAAACGAAACCGUGUUCGCAUUCUGAUUACCCGUCAAUGGGAGAAGUCUGUGAGGUGAAUGUGAGGGAUUGGGGCGAGUGUAAUAAGGAUCAGCACUUCAACUACCACAAGAACUCCCCAUGCAUCUUUAUCAAACUGAAUAAAAUUUACGGCUGGACCCCCGAAUAUUAUGACGACCCUUUUAAUCUACCCCCAGAAAUGCCCGAAUCUCUAAUAAAUCACAUUAGAUCUAUAAACAAUACAAGAGAGAGGCAGAACGUCUGGGUGUCAUGUGACGGUGAAAAUCCAGCCGACAAAGAAUACCUGGGCCCAGUAACUUACUACCCUAAAGAUAUCCAAGGUUUUCCUGGAUACUACUUCCCUUACUUAAACUCAGAAGGAUAUUUGAGCCCCUUGGUUGCCGUCAAAUUCGAGAGACCUGUGUCUGGAAUUAUCAUCAACAUCGAAUGUAGGGCUUGGGCGAAAAACAUCAAAUACAGCAGACUGGAAAGAACGGGAUCUGUACACUUUGAACUAUUGAUUGAUUAAAUGAUAGCAAAUGGUUACUAGAACCCUUCGAAAAUGGCAUCACCAUCAUCAUUUCUUUUAAAAAUAUUUUUAAACGGAAUUCGUCUUCCACAAAAAUUCGAAUGAAUUACGUAUUUUUAUACUUUCAUAGAAUUUAACUGUGUAGCAACUGUCCACGUACAACUAAGAGUUAUUGUAGGUACAUCAUAUUUUAUUUUUGUGCAGCAUCUUUUUUGUUGUAUUUAUAUUAUUUUUUUUUAUUGUGUUCUUAGUGACUUUAAGUGUAUAUAUUAAUUUUAAAAUAGGUAGUAACCUUGUUUCUGUUAUUUACAUUUCAGUAUGUAAGUUUUUAAUAAAUUAUUCAAACGAG